AUGCCCAUCACGUUCGACGCCGAGCUGCUCUCGGCCGGCGGCCUGACGGCCGUGGCCGCGCCGCCCGUGAUCGACAUUACGCUAUCUCGCCCGUCUGCGCUGAACGCGCUUCUUCCGGCAACCUUCCACGGCCUGCACCACGUGCUAGACCGCCUGUCCACGCACGACGCCCCGCUCUACCUAGUCCUCCGCGCAUCCGGCCGCGCCUUCUCGGCGGGCGGCGACGUGCGCUCUCUGCGUGGCGAGAUCCUAGCACACGCGCCACGCUCCGCAGCGCGGCGCGCGGCCGCGCGCGCCAUCCUCGCAACCGAGUACGACCUGCUGGCGCGCUGGGCGGCCCUCGACCGCCACCAUCGCCUGACCGUGGCCGUCGGCGAGGGGCUUGCGCUCGGCGCCGGCGCGGGGCUGUUCCAGGCGUGCGCGGUGCGCCUAGUGGGCCCCCGCUUCUUCAUGGCCAUGCCCGAGGCGCGCAUCGGCAUCAUCCCGGACUGCGGCGCCACGCGCUUCUACGCGCGCCUGCCCGGCUGCGUCGGCAUGUACCUCGCGCUCACGGGCGCGCGCGUGCACGCCAGAGACGCACUGGCGCUCGGAUUGGCGGAUGGCGCGAUCAAGGACGGGUGGCAGGCGGACGGCUUGGCCGACGGUGAGUUUGGCCCCGCGCGCAUGCUUAAGGGCGGGGAAGAGGAAGCCUUGUUAGGAGAGAAGGGUGAGAUCGCGCAGGCAAGUAGCGAUAUGCGGAGAGGCGUGGAUGAGGUGUUUUCGGCCGCAGGGGUGGACGAGGUCUUAGAGCGGCUGCAGGCGAGGGAGGGGGAGUGGGCGAAAGAGGCGCUGAAGGCUCUCAAUGCCGGAGCGCCAAAGGCAAUUAGGGAAACUUUUAGGGUGAUGAGGAUGGCGUAUGAGUCUAGAGGGGAGGGGGUUAGAGAGGCUAUGGAUAGGGAACUAGAGGUAGAGUCGCAGUUGUGCGCGGCGCCCGAUUUUGAAGAGGGGGUCAGGGCAGCACUCGUGGAUAAGGACGGAAAGCCCAAGUGGGAGCCGGUCUAA